CUCACUAGAAACUCAGAGUAAAACUUUAUUAGCUUUUAAUAUCUCAGUAUUUAUUACAGAUUUAAUCAGUCAAACACUUAGUUCUUAGUGUUUAAAAGAGGACGUGUUAAAACUAAACAUGAAGGUUCAUUAUAACUGGCCCUUCAGGGCCACCAUAACUCAUGUGGCCCUCGGUGAAAAUGAGUUUGACCCCGCUGGUCUACAUGGUCCACUCUGACCUCAGAUGAUCAGAACCGGUCCUGGUCCUCUGGGUUCACUGAACAAGCGGGACAGUUGGGUCGGCUGUUUUCAGGACCAUCGAUCGUCUCUCUGCCAAUAAGUCCUGAACAGACCGGGCUGAGUGGGUUCAGUCGGUUCUGUUCGGGUCCAAAUCAGCAGGAUGUUAAAGACGUGUUCGUAGGUCUGCAGUCAGCAUCGACGGGGACAGAACCGGUUCUGGUUUCUUCAACAUGGAAGGUGAGUGGAUUUAACCAUCAGAACCAGAUGUUGGAUCUAAAGAAAAAAUUUGUUUGUUUCUAAAGAUGAAAUAAUCUGGAGGAUUUAUGAUUGACGGGUUGAAACUUUCAGAACUUUGUUAACAGAACCUCAGAUUCUCUCCUUCAUCCAAACUCUGUUUGUUCUCAGAGCGUCUCUAAAGGACCGAGGGUUUGCUCUCAGAUCCACCAGAGGUCAAAGGUCACCUGAACUCCACUGAACAUCUGACGAGGGACGAUGGGGGACUGGAACUUCCUCGGGGGGAUCCUGGAGGAGGUGCACAUCCACUCCACCAUGGUGGGGAAGAUCUGGCUCACCAUCCUCUUCAUCUUCCGGAUGCUGGUCCUGGGCGUGGCGGCGGAGGACGUGUGGAACGACGAGCAGUCGGACUUCGUGUGCAACACGGAGCAGCCGGGCUGCAGGAACGUGUGCUACGACCAGGCCUUCCCCAUCUCCCUGAUCCGGUACUGGGUCCUGCAGGUCAUCUUCGUGUCCUCGCCUUCCCUGGUCUACAUGGGCCACGCCAUCUACCAGCUGCGCGCCCUGGAGAAGGAGCGCCACUGCAAGAAGGUGGCGCUGCGGCGCGAGCUGGAGGCGGUGGACGCGGAGCUGGCCGAGGUGAAGAGGAAGAUGGAGAAGGAGAUGCGGCAGCUGGAGCAGGGCAAGCUGAACAAAGCCCCCCUGAGGGGCUCGCUGCUCUGCACCUACGUGGCCCACAUCGUCACGCGCUCCGUGGUGGAGGUGGGCUUCAUGACGGGCCAGUACGUGCUGUACGGGCACCGCCUCAGCACGCUGUACAGGUGCGAGCGGGAGCCGUGUCCCAACGUGGUGGACUGCUUCGUGUCGCGGCCCACCGAGAAGACCAUCUUCAUGAUGUUCAUGCAGGUCAUCGCCUGCAUCUCGCUCUUCCUCAGCCUGCUGGAGAUCAUGCACCUGAGCUUCAAGAAGAUCAAGAGGGGCAUCCUGGACUACUACCCCCACCUGAAGGACGACCUGGACGACUACUGCGUCAAGUCCAAGAAGAACUCGGUGGUCCACCAGSUGUGCGUGGGGACGUCGGUGGGUCGGAAGACCACCAUCCCCACAGUGCCCAGCGGGUACACCUUACUGCUGGAGAAGCAGGGCAACGGCCCCACAUACCCCCUCCUCAGCGCCUCCUCGGCCUUUGUCCCCAUCCAGGACCCCGGAGUCCAGGCCGACGCCCACCAGGAGGUGAAGGAGGGGGUCCCGAGCCCCUCGGAGCAGAACAGCAACUCCAACAACACCAGCAGCGAGACGCGCUCCCCUCCUGCGGAGGAGCAGGAGGAGCUGGACUGUGGGGGGUCAGAGUACCCCACCCUGCCCGCCGCGGACCCCCCCUCCUCCUGUGGCGCCCCCGCCGGCAGGAGGUCCCGCAGGCCCAGCCCCCCCUGGAACUGCUCCACGGUGGUGGAGGGGAACUGCUCGGACAGCGGGGACUCGUACCGCGGCAGCAUGAAGCUCCGCAGCAGCUGCUCCGGACCCAGAGCCCGGGUCCUGUCCAAGUCGGACUCCAAGAGGACCAGCAGGUCCCAGAGCCCGGACUCUGUGGGGGAGCUGAGCUCCAUGUCUCGACACAGCCGGGACAGCAACAGUCCCACCGCCUCGCCCCCCAACCGCAGAGUGUCUGCAGCCAGCAGCAGCAGCAGCAGGAGGGCUGCUACAGACCUGCAGGUCUGAACCAGAACCAGACCUGAACCAGAACCAGACCUGCAGGUCUGAGACCAGAACCAGACCAGAACCAGACCUGCAGGUCUGAGACCUGAACGAACCACACCUGAAGACCUGAACCAGAUCUGAGACCAGACUUUCUUUCAACAGUUCGGUCUCCUCCCUCAGACCUGAACCAGAACCAGACCCAGACCUGUAGACCUGAGCCUCUCUGACCUGUGACCUGUGACUCUGACCUGUUGCAGGUCUUGUUGCUGCAGUUUUGAACUCAUUUCCUGUAAAAAAGCCACAGAACAUCUGAAAGAAAACUCUGACCCUCUGAAGCUCUUGUCUGCAUCUAAAAACACCAGUUUCUGUUYAACCUGGUCCAGAUCUGCCCAGCUUCAACUGGACAAUCAGAUUAAAUCCUGACCACUGUGAACAAACCUAAGCUACGGUUCUGGAAGACGUGCACGGAUCAGGACUUUUGCACAGCUCUGACAGUGGAUUUGAUCAGAGCUGGAACAGUUUCAGGUCAGACUCGUUUGGUUUGAUGAACGGAAACAUCGAUGUGAAGAGUUUCAGUCUUAUAUAAACCCGUUAGUUCUGAUGGAUUUAAUCUGAAGCUGUUUUUAAACCCAGAUUAUUUUUCUACUUAAUGCUUAAUCUCAGAAAUUAUAUCAAAUUAAUCAAAUCAGUUGUAAUUAAAAAAAACAUUAAAUUAAGAAAAAAAACACGUUUAUUUCCAAUCAGAAGGUUAUAAAUCAAAGAGUUUUCUUGUUGUGAUGUAAUAAACGUUGACAUUCUGUACAGA